CAGGUGUACUGUUUGACCAAUACUGCUGUCCGUAGUUUUAGUUUGAUGUAUGCGAAGGUGGCAAGAUGGCGUUGGAGCCGAACAAGACCGAAAUUUUGACAAUUUUUAAAAGACUAAGGUCUAUUCCAACUAACAAGGCCUGCUUUGACUGCGCUGCUAAGAACCCAAGCUGGGCCAGCAUACCGUAUGGAGUCUUCCUGUGUAUCGACUGCUCCGGUCUCCACCGAUCUCUAGGAGUUCACCUUAGCUUCAUCAGAUCCACAGAACUCGAUUCUAACUGGAACUGGUUUCAGCUGAGAUGUAUGCAGGUUGGAGGCAACACCAAUGCGGCCGCAUUCUUCCGACAGCACGGGUGCACCACCAGCGACACCAACGCCAAGUACAACAGCCGAGCCGCACAGAUGUACCGCGAAAAGAUCCGGCAGUUGGCGAACGCGGCCCUGUCCAAAUAUGGAUCUGAUCUGUGGAUUGAGACUCCUGGCAGUGCUCAAACUGCAGCCAUCGAUAAGAAAGAGACCGAUUUCUUUGCGGAGCAUACUCAGGCUGUGAACAGCUGGGACUUGGCCCCCUCUCUGUCGGAGCAGAACGGUGCCGACAGCCCCCCGGCAGAGGAGUCGGCCAAAGUGAGCGAGACCAGCAGUGCCCAGCUGGAGGAGGGGCCAAGCAUCGAAGGUCUGAGCACGUCUCCCAAAGCUGUUAUGGAACAAUCAAUGCGUUUGUCGUCCGACGAACCUCCGCCUUCUAAAGAUGUGAAGCCCUCCAUCAUCGGGAAGAAGAAACCCACAGCAGCGAAAAAGGGGCUGGGUGCGAAGAAGGGCCUGGGGGCUCAGAAGGUGAGCAGUAAGAGCUUCACAGAGAUGGAGAAGCAGGCCCAGGUGGCUGAGAAGCUGAGGGAGGAGCACGCCGUGGAGGUCAAGAAGCAGGCUGAGGAGUCCAUUGUGGCCUCCAUGCGGCUGGCCUACAAGGAGCUGGAGAUCGACAGGAAGUUGGAGGAGAAGAAGAUCCAGACCCUGGAGGGGAAGAAGAGAGAGCAGGCUGAGAGGCUGGGGAUGGGUUUUGGGAACAGGAGUGCCGUGUCCCACUCGGUCAUGUCGGAGAUGCAGGUCAUCGAGCAGGAGACUCCCACCGGGGCGAAGACCUCCUCCCGCUCAAAGCUGGACAUGUUUGAUGAACCUGGCUUCACCUCUGGGCCUCCAAAGUACAAGGACAACCCCUUCACCUCCAGCGAUGGCUUCGGCUCGCGCUGGGACUCGGACAGCGGCUCGACCUUCUCCUCCUGGGCCCUGGAGAAAGAGGAGCCCAAGGAGAGCGAGGUGACCAUCUCCAGCAUCCAGCCCAUCGGAGAGCGGUUGCCGAGCCGACGGAAGCCGGAAGCUUCCGUCCCUGUGGCGGAGUCGAGCGAGGCGCGGCAGAAGUUCGCCAACGCCAAAGCCAUUUCUUCUGACAUGUUCUUUGGGAGAGAGAGCAACGCAGAGUAUGAGGCGAAGACUCGUCUGGAGAGCAUGGCCGGCAGCACGUCCAUCAGCUCGGCGGACCUCUUUGGCGAGGGCGGCGACCGCUCCGCAGGGGCGUCAGGCUUCGACAGUGUGCUCCCGUCAGGCCCGGACAUCGCUCAGUUCAAGCAGGGGGUGAAGACCGUGGCGGGCAAAAUGGCCGUGCUGGCUAACGGAGUGAUGAACACAAUUCAGGAUCGCUACGGAUCAUACUAAACACAGUGGGCGGAGAAUUGGGAGAACUCCAAGCCAAAAAGUAUCACCACGGUAGACCUCGUAUCGCUAUCCACGGACUCUUCUCAUUCAAGGGGAUUGAUUCAGACGUCGGGGGGAGGGGGGUGCUGGGGUGUGAAAACAUUUGGAAUUGCAUGACUUUGAUCUUGGCCACCUCAACCUCUCCAUCUGCCCACCGGCCCAGACUUUUCUAGACGAGUGACUGAAACAGUAUUGUAUCUUUCUUUUAAGGAAAUCGAGGAGAUGGGAGAGGAAAAAAAAGCUUUAGGUAUCAGUGUGUUCAUGGCAUUUCUUUUGAAGUUUUUCUAUACAGUUUCAUCUGUAUUUACAAAGUAAUUACCGAUUUAAUUUGUUAAGAAAUAUUUAACUCAACCUUUUAAGUUCAGUUGUUAGUUGUACACAUACAUGAAUUAUGUUUUUCUUUUUUAAUGUAGUAAUGUUCAAAUUGGUUUAUAUUUUUCUGCAUUGAGCUCUUCUGGAAAAGGACUUCAAAACUGAAGAAAUUUUAUUAUUUCGUUUUUCUUGCGUAUAAUUUGCUAGGAAAUUAUGAUACCAGCCCUUUGCCUAAUUUCAUAGUCGAAAGCUCCUACCAUUUGGUCUCACCUCACAACUUAAAAUAAUUGUCAAAACAAUGCCUUCUAAUGGUUUUAAUAUAUCUGCUUCAGGAAAUAUCCUGAGUUUUAAAAUGUUCUGCACAGGCUUUUUGUUUAGUCAUUUCCCUUUCUUUUUUUUUUUUUUACCAGAGUUGCAGAAAUGAGUUGCAAUGACUCUUCAUUUUCACUGGGAAUAAUGGUUUUGGAUGGGCAUCUUAAGCUGUGCUGUUCUAUUCACUUGUUGGCCAUUUCGUGAAUGGAACAUUUCCCUUUUGACAACUUUACUGCUUUAUAACUUUACCAAUCACUACUUCAAAGUCUUCUGAAUCAUGCUGUGUCUUCUCAUAUAGGAAACAGAAGUCUAUACAUCUCUAUCAAAAUAAUCUCCCAGACUGUGUCCCCCAUAUUGGCGGUAAUGCUAAAUGAUUAAAAUGACAGUUAUAUGGUCUCCCAAGCCUUGGGGGUUCAGCAGAAACCAGACGGGUGUUGAGGUGAGGAUAUCCUCACGCCACAUGUCAUCUUACGAUCGGCAGGAACCAAGGCCAAGCAAGCCCUAUUACAGGCCCUCAAGGUGUAGCUGGGUGAACUGUGAACUGGUGGGACCUAUGAGUUUACUCGCUGUGCCUACAGUAGCACUAAGGCAAGAAAAGGAAGGUUCAUCAAAAGCCAACAGUAACUGAACUCUUCAGGACUCUAUUCUUUCUGUUGCAUUGACACACACACCACUUUCGUUGCUCAUGGAUGGUGCAGCUCUUGUAUGUACCUGAAGUGACAGUUUUAAGCGCAGUAUAUGCACACACAAUACAGUUUGUGGCAUAAGGUAUUGUCAUAGGAAGUCACUGCAGUGAAGUUCAUUUUGAGAAUUGCCGCAGUGCAGUAAAGAUCAUGGCUUUGCCAGACAUUGUGCUUGAUUUCACUGUGAGUUCUAUGCGAGUCACAUCAAGUGUGAUUUUUCCUUUGGUUUUAAUAACACACAAAGCACAUAACAGAUUGGUAUAUUUUAAUUGUCUACCUUAUACUGUAUAUGCUUAUGAAAAACAAUACAUCUUGGUCAGAUACAAGUAUAAUUUUAUGCCCCCAAAAGAUGUACAGUAUACGAGUAGGUUAUAUAAUGUCAAGGACAAAUGUGGGGGUUUAGGACUGAUGAUGACAGUCAUCUAAUGGUUGUCAUUAAGGGAUUGUGGGUUUUUAGAAAUGAGUGAUCGAAUGGUUGUCAUUGAGGGAUGUAGGUUUGUGUUCUGGCCACAGCUGUGGUUCUAGCCAAUCCAUGUUUGUCCACUGUUUGCCCUGCCUGUCUUAUUUGUGCCCCUGUGAUGUGUAAAAAAACAAAACAAAAAAAAAACUCCUAAAAUACAGUUAUUUAUUGUAGGAAACUAAAGAUGCUACUAAAUUUGUGUCAAUAAAGGUUUAAAAUUCA